CGACAGAGCAGCUUCACUUUGGGCCGUUGGAGAUGGAAGAAACCGAGUCGACGGCGAGUAUUUCAGCCACCUAAAACGAAAACCUUUCUGAUCCCCCCCUCCCCGACCCCUUUACCCCCCCAAGAAAUACCGACUGGUGCCACUCGACGCCAUGGCGGCCGCUUUAUAGACAGUUGUUCUUUGUGGCGACCGACAGCGUCUUUUACUUCAGUUAGCUUCAGGGACUCAAACCCAAAAACGGACAGACGGACACUGAUUUUUUCCUGUCGAGUUGUUUGAACACAGGCCAUGAACGGUAUGUACGCGCCAUGUAAGAUAUCGAUUAGAUUAUUAUAGGGAUUUAUUUUUUUUAGUUUUUUUUUUAAUAUAUAUAUAUAUAUAUAUAUAUAUAUAUAUUAUUUCUGUUCAGGUGCUCGGCUCUAACACGUCCGGUCUGGGUUUUUUUUUUUUUUUGGAAAUAGUCACGAUCCAUGCUGAGACAGUUCCCUCCGGAGAGAGCUGCAAAGCAAAGCAAUACUUUCAUUUUAUCGGACUGAAGAAGGGUUUUUUAUUUUAUUUGUAUUUUGUGGAUUUUGGACGGCGACUGGUGCAAGAAGGACGAUUAAAAGAUGUCAACAAAAACUCCUUUACCUACCGUCAACGAGAAGGUGACGGAAAGUCACACGUCUCACAGUAAUGGCCGUCAGGAGAUCACCACGCGCUCGGGCCGGACCGGCGUGCGAUCCCGCAGCUCCGAGGAGGCGCAGCAGCCCCACGUCGGCAACUACCGGCUGCUCAAGACCAUCGGGAAGGGCAACUUCGCCAAGGUCAAACUGGCCCGACACAUCCUCACCGGCAGAGAGGUGGCAAUUAAGAUAAUAGACAAGACGCAGCUGAACCCAAACAGCCUUCAGAAGCUCUUCAGAGAAGUUAGAAUAAUGAAGAUCUUGAAUCAUCCCAAUAUAGUCAAGCUUUUUGAAGUGAUUGAGACGGAGAGGACGCUCUACCUGGUAAUGGAAUAUGCAAGUGGAGGAGAAGUCUUCGACUACCUGGUUGCACAUGGAAGAAUGAAGGAAAAAGAGGCCAGAGCUAAAUUUAGACAGAUUGUAUCGGCGGUGCAGUACUGCCACCAGAAGCACAUUGUUCACAGAGACCUCAAGGCCGAGAACCUGCUCCUCGACGCAGACAUGAACAUCAAGAUCGCAGAUUUCGGCUUCAGCAAUGAGUUCACUAUGGGCAACAAGCUGGACACGUUCUGCGGUUCUCCGCCAUACGCGGCGCCGGAGCUUUUCCAGGGGAAGAAGUACGACGGGCCGGAGGUGGACGUCUGGAGUCUGGGGGUCAUUCUGUACACGCUGGUCAGCGGCUCGCUGCCCUUCGACGGACAGAACCUCAAGGAGCUGCGUGAGCGUGUGCUCAGAGGGAAGUACCGCAUCCCUUUCUACAUGUCCACGGAUUGCGAGAACCUCCUCAAACGCUUCCUGGUGCUCAACCCGGCCAAGCGUGGUACUCUCGAGGUGAGGGAGGACGCAGAAAAUCAAAUCAUGAAGGAUCGAUGGAUCAACGCAGGAUUUGAAGAGGACGAGCUCAAGCCUUACACUGAACCAGAGCUGGACAUCACGGACCAGAAGAGAAUAGAUGUGAUGGUGGGGAUGGGCUACAACCUGGAGGAGAUCCAGGACUCUCUGGCCAAGAUGAAGUAUGACGAGAUCACAGCCACAUACCUGCUGCUGGGCAGGAAGGCCUCUGAGCUGGAGCCCAGUGAGUCGGCCUCCAGCAGCAACCUGUCUCUGGCCAAACCGAGACCCAACAGCGAGCUCAACGGACAGUCGCCCUCCCACCUCAAAGUCCAGAGGAGCGUCUCCUCCAACCACAAACAGAGACGUUACAGCGAGCAAGUCGGCCAGAACGUCCCUCCAGGGAUGGCUCAUCCAAAGAGGAGUCAGACCACCACAGCGGAGAACAGCACCAAGGAGGAAGGAGGAGUCCAGCUCCGUAAACCCAGCACCCCGGGGAGCCGCGGGGCGCCACCCUCCAGCCCUCUGUUGGGCAACGCCAACAACCCCAACAAGGCCGACAUCCCUGACCGCAGGAAAGGCGCCACCACUGGCCCGAGCAAUAACACUGCGUCGGCAGGGAUGACCCGGAGGAACACGUAUGUCUGCAGUGACAGAAACAACACGGACCGCCUCUCCGUCAUUCCCAAUGGGAAGGAGAACAGAGUCUCAACCGAGUUUGAGAGAAACGGGAGACUUGAGGGCUCAAGUCGCCAUGUACCUGGGGAUCAAAAAGGGGAAAAUAAAGACAGUAAACCCCGCUCCCUCAGAUUCACUUGGAGUAUGAGGACCACCAGCUCCAUGGAGCCUUGCGACAUCAUGCGGGAGAUUCGCAAGGUGCUCGACGCCAACAACUGCGACUACGAGCAGCAAGAGAGUUUCCUGCUUCUUUGCGUCCACGGGGACGGGCGAGCCGAGAACCUGGUCCAGUGGGAGAUGGAGGUUUGCAAGCUGCCCCGACUCUCCCUCAACGGCGUCAGGUUCAAACGGAUAUCCGGAUCAUCCAUCGCUUUCAAAAACAUUGCUUCCAAAGUUGCCAACGAGUUAAAGCUAUGAACAAAAUAAAAUUAAAAAAAAGGGUUUAAAAAAAGUAUACAUAUAUAUAUCUAGAAGUAUUUAAGCUGUACAAUCAUCCAAGUAGCAGUUUCCAAAAUGUUUCCCCCCUUUUUUUAAACAAAAUACAGAGUAUGUAUUGAAUAUUAUAAUGUAUAGAUUAAGGCUUUUGGCAAUAAUCACUGAAUUUACCUACUAAUAUCUCAGUCUAUUCUGGCCACACGGGGUCGACAGUAACGAGUUGAAUAUGAUUUGUCAUGCUGUGAAUGUGGACACACACA